AUGGACCCAAUCGUUUCUUUGCCAUCUGAGUUCGAUGCCCUGGAGUCGAUCCUCCAACGGAUGCCUGUCAAGACCUUGUCGGGGGAGCCUGGCCUCCUUGCUCAUAGCAAGCUAGGCCCUACUGUCCACGAAGAACUACCUGACCUCACUCCCUUCGUCGACGAAUACAAAGAUAACCUUCCUCUCAUGAAUGCACUCUAUCGAGACUACUCCUUCCUGGCCUCGGCAUAUCUUCUUGAGCCAUGCCAUGAGAGGUUCAUGCGUGGCGAGUCGUACGGCCUCGGCCGAGAUGUCUUGCCGGCCAACAUCUCACGGCCCAUCGCUCGAUGCGCCGAACUGACUGGCUUCAAGCCUUUCAUGGAGUAUGCCGGCUCAUAUGCCCUCUUCAACUAUCGCUUGGAGGAUCCAGCGAAAGGUCUCGACUAUUCGAACCUGCGUCUCAUCCGUGCCUUCGAGCAUGGCCUCGACCCCUCGUCGUCAGAGGCCGGUUUCGUUCUAGUCCAUGUCGACAUGGUAAAGAACUCUGGUCCACUUGUUGCUGGCGCCAUGGCAGCCCUUGAUGCCUGUUCGAAACCGACUCUAAGCAUCCAUGAGCGAGAGUCACUUAACUCUGGCCUUCGCGACAUCCUCACUGCUCUUGAGACAAUCAACGCCACCAUGGAGACCAUGUGGAUGAAGUCCAAGCCGAUGUCUUACACCAGCUUCCGUACUUUCAUCUUCGGUAUCACCUCGCAGUCAAUGUUUCCCAACGGUGUUGUCUACGAGGGCAUUAAUGAUGGAGAGCCGAUGAGCUUCCGUGGAGAGUCAGGGGCGAAUGAUUCAAUGAUCCCACUCAUGGAUAACUUCCUUCAAAUACCCAUGCCUGAGACGCCAUUGACAGAGAUCCUGAAGGACUUCCGACAGUAUCGCCCAAGCAACCAUCGUCAAUUCUUAAUGUUUGUCCGAGACAAGAGCCUUCAGGUUGGUUUAAAGGACGCUGCCCUCAGCCUUAGCGUCAAGGUGGCAGACGGUCAAGAAAAAGAACUGCUGCAGGAGUCUCGCCAACUGUGGCUUAAGAUCCUCAAUCAGGUUCGAGACUUCAGAUGGAGGCACUGGUGUUUUGGCAAGGAGUAUAUUCUUAAGAGGACUAGCCACCCUACCGCUACCGGCGGCAGUCCUAUUGUCACUUGGCUCCCGAAUCAGCUGCAGGCUGUGCUGUCGGAGAUGAUCUCCCUUUAUGAGAACAUCACUGGGGGCGAACAAGACAAGCUUGGCGAUCAGUGCGAGACUAUCAUGGACCUUGCUUAUCGACAGAAGGAGACUUUGAAGAAGGAGGUUGAGAAGUAUUGCGAAGAGCGUGGCGUUAGUCAGAACUAG